AUGGAAAAGGUGGAAUGUCAAAAUGGUGGGUACCCUCAUCGACUCAAGUGCUCCCAGUGCGUCUGUCCUCGAGGAUACGCUGGAACUCGAUGCGAUGAGAGGCCCAAUGGGAAGAAUUUCACAUCUGACGGAAGUGGACAAUUAGUAGAAGGAUGCGGGCAAACAUUUGAUGCUUCGACGGAGUGGCAAAAUUUCACAGAUUUCCUAGGAGACUAUGCCAAAUCUCACGAAAAUUACGCGAUGUGCUACUAUUGGAUUCAAGUACGCUGCGAGAUCGUUGUUAAUCGAGUGUAG